GCGACGCCCCCGCGGCGCUGCCCCAGCCAUGAAGGCGGCGGUGGAUCUCACCAUCAUCAAGACGGAGAAGGUGGACAUCGAGCUCUUCCCGUCCCCCGACAUGGAAUGUGCAGAUGUGCCUUUAUUAACGCCCAGCAGCAAAGAAAUGAUGUCUCAGGCACUGAAAGCCACGUUCAGCGGCUUUGCUAAGGAGCAGCAGCGGCUGGGAAUUCCCAAAGACCCCCAGCAGUGGACGGAGACGCACGUGCGGGACUGGGUGAUGUGGGCAGUGAACGAGUUCAGCCUGAAGGAAGUGGAUUUCCAGAAGUUCUGCAUGAAUGGAGCUGCCCUCUGUGCCCUGGGCAAGGAGUGCUUCCUGGAGCUGGCACCUGACUUUGUGGGAGAUAUCCUUUGGGAACAUCUGGAGAUCCUGCAGAAAGAAGAGGUGAAACCAUACCCAGCAAAUGGAGUGAACACCACAUACCCCGAGUCCCGCUACACCUCAGACUACUUCAUUAGUUACGGCAUCGAGCACGCGCAGUGCGUGCCCCCCUCCGAGUUCUCCGAGCCCAGCUUCAUCACCGAGUCCUACCAGACCCUGCACCCCAUCAGCUCGGAGGAGCUGCUGUCCCUCAAGUACGAGAGCGAUUAUCCCUCGGUGCUGCUGCGGGAGCCGCCGCAGGACUCGCUGCAGACUGACUACUUCUCCAUCAAGCAGGAGGUGGUGACGCCGGACAACAUGUGCAUGGGCCGUGCCAGCCGAGGUAAGCUGGGAGGCCAGGACUCCUUCGAGAGCAUAGAGAGCUACGACAGCUGUGACCGCCUGACGCAGUCCUGGAGCAGCCAGUCCUCCUUCCAGAGCCUGCAGCGUGUCCCCUCCUACGACAGCUUCGACUCUGAGGACUACCCUGCCACCCUGCCCAGCCACAAGCCCAAGGGCACCUUCAAGGACUAUGUGAGGGACCGGGCCGACAUGAACAAGGACAAGCCUGUCAUUCCUGCUGCUGCCCUGGCUGGUUACACAGGCAGUGGACCCAUCCAACUGUGGCAAUUCCUGCUGGAACUGCUCACUGACAAGUCCUGUCAAUCCUUCAUCAGCUGGACGGGCGAUGGCUGGGAAUUCAAACUUUCAGACCCAGACGAGGUGGCCCGGCGAUGGGGCAAGAGGAAAAACAAGCCCAAGAUGAACUACGAGAAGCUGAGCCGCGGGCUGCGCUAUUACUACGACAAGAACAUCAUCCACAAGACGGCCGGGAAGCGCUACGUGUACCGCUUCGUGUGCGACCUGCAGAGCCUGCUGGGCUACACCCCCGAGGAGCUGCACGCCAUGCUCGACGUCAAACCCGACGCCGACGAGUGACAGGGACACGGGGACGCCGCUGUCCUCGCCAUGGACUUGUUUGGUGGUUCCUUUUUUUAUCGAUUUUCGCUGUUCUUCUGCUCGGUUUUUUUUUUUUAAUUUUUUGUUUUGUUUUUUCCGAGGGCCACUCAAGGCUUUGAGGAUGUCGGGGGAGAGGGGGGAGGAAGAGGAAAACUUUCGGGAAGGAUGGGCUUUUUGUUGAUUUCCUGAAAGCUCCAAGACAGGCUUUUCUGGGGGAAAAUUCUGAUUUUUAAGAAAGGCAGAAAAAUGUAGCUCACUUUAAAAAACCAACAACCCCCUCCCCACGCUUGGCUGUUUAGAAAAACAAUGUGAUGGAAUGGAUCCCUUUGGUUGCUCACACACAAACUGACAGGUCAGGAAUGCCAAUAUUCCAGAGGAUUUGAGGAAUUUAAACUUUCUUCUUUUGGAAAACCAAAAUGAGUGAAUAUUCUUGCUUUGGGGAGGGGCAAUAUAGGAAAAUAUCAAGAACUGUUGUUCUUAUUUCAUCACCUUUCUGUCCAUUGUCUUCUUUUUUACAAGAGAUAGAAUUUUUCCUAGGAGGGAUCAAGACUUUUUUUAUUUUUUUUUUAAAGUUUUAUUUUAUUAAAUUUUGUGCCAGUAUUUGUCUUUAUUUUUUUUUUUAAUUUCUUUUUUCUAAAUAGUCUUAAGCUCUAAGAUGGUCUCAGUAUUGCAAUAUUGUUGUGUGUUUGUUUCUGUUCUGCCAGCAGAGACUUUUAUCCCAGGAAGGAAAAAGAGAAAAAGAGGAAUUAGUUUAUGUAGACCCCACUGGAGAAUUGGAAUGCUGGGACUGAGUUGGGAAGGAAAAUGAACCCCAAAGUGGCUCCUGUUGAUGCUGGCUGGGUGUUUCCAGCUCCACAUGCUGUGCUGAUAAUGCUGAUUGAAAUCCCUGCUUUUUUUUAUGUCUAGCUGCACAAAUCCUCUCAAAAUUUCCAUGGAAAAUGUAUUUUUGCAUUUUCCAAAUCACUUCUUUUGCUCAAGGAACACUUUGGUGCUUACAGAAAAUUUUAUUUUGGGAGGGGGGAAAGAAGAGGAAUUCCCUUGUUUUCAACGUGGUAAAUGGAAAAUAUGCAAGUUAAUUGAGGGGAAAAAUCAGGAAAAAGUUCAAAACCCAAAGGGAAAUGUUUUUUCCUUCCUGUUUCAAGCAGCUCUGUCUUUAUGGCCAUGUGUGGGCACAGCAGAACGGAAAUUGUCCCUGCAGAAGGGCUUGUUGUGGCUCUUGGGCUGCUGCUCCCAGCCAUCCUGUCAGGGUGUGAGUGGCACUGCGCUGUCACCAGGGCUGGCUGUGGGCUCAGUCCUGGAGGAGCCGCUCCCUCUGGCCUCCAGACCCUUCCUGCAGCUGGUUUUCUCUGGAGGGGUCACUCCUGCUGCUGCCUGGGGUGCUCUGGACAGGCUGAGACAGGGUCCCACCGCCCUGGGUGUGCUGGUGGGAGCUGCAGGGUCAGAGGCUGUUCCCAGAUCCCCAUACAAUCCCAAAGCCAGAUCCCUCCUGAAAGGGAAUCUUUCACCCCCUGGGGGUUUGCAUUUAAAGGCAGCAUUUUGUACUUUACCAAAAUUCUGUGUGUGCUUUGUCUGUGUGUGUCUUUGGGGCACAGAGUUCAUUCCAGAGGCACUGUGGGACAGCUCUGGGAGUCUGGGGGGUCAGAGCCUUUCCAGAGGUGCUGCAGAGUGAUUCCUGCCUGAUCCCAAUGGAUCCCAGUGGGCAGGACAGGAAUCUGUGUCAAACAGCCAGAAUAUUCAGGCACAACCCCCUCACAGGGGCAGAGCUGGAGGGGAGCCCAGUCCCAAGGUGAUGCCCUGAGGUGCUGGGCUCUCCUUUCCCUCUGGAGCUGGGGGGACCCAGCACCUCUGUAUCCUAAAACUGGUCAUUUUAGGGGAAGUCAUCCCCAGAAUUGCUGUGUCCUUAUAAAAGGGGGUGUUGGAGGGGAAGUGGGAGCUCCUGCCAGGGGGUGGAAGCAGAGGGAGUCAGGAAAGGAGGUUGUUACACUCAGGUGCUGCGGGUUGUCCGAAGGAAAGGGUGGGAUGGAUGGAAAGGAGGGAGCAGGGCAUGGAAGGAAGGUGAAGAGAACCCCAAAGGAGGAAAGGGACACUGCCCACUGAGAAGUGGAACUUGGGCUCAUCUCCUUGGGCAGGCAGGGAGGAGGAGGAUGGAGGAAGCCUGGCCAAGCUGGAGGGAGGAAAGGAAGAUUGGGAUACCAUGGAUGAGACCCCACAUGUGAGGCUCUGGGACAGACCCAGCCUGAGCCAAGGCUGGGCAGCUGCACAGGGAGCCAGGAGGGGUGUGAGGGCACAGAGUGCACAGGGAGGAGCUGCUAAAGAGCAUCCCAAGGAAGGGUUGGAUUCCCAGCAGUCAGAGGAGUUUUUUGGGUGUUCAGGGUUGCUGCAAAGUGCCCUGUGCUUGCCCAUCGUGGGCCCUUUAAAUCCCCCCUCCCACCCUUAGCAAGGGACUCCAGGACACUCCUGGCAAAGGGCAGUGUCCCAGGACACCCCCCCUGCAUUGCUCAGAUGCUUCAGCUGAAAAAGAAAAAGGCUGGGAUGAAAUUUCCCUACAGUAGGAGGAACUGCAGGUUUGGCUGCAUCUCCACCUCCCUGCCAGGCUAAAUCUCCCAUCCACUGUGCUGAUCCCAGGUUUCCCAGCCCAGCCUGUGAGUUCCCAGUGACUUUGGGGAGAUUGUUAAAGGUUAGGAAGGGUGAACCAUGGGAAGCAGCUCUGGAUUUUUGGAAGAAGCCUCUGGCUGGAGUUUCUCCAUCCCUUCUCCCAACCCCCAGCCUGUGAACAGUCCCAGACACAUCAGCUCCAUCAUUUCCUAUUUUCCUUUGCUUUUAUUCCCAUUCUAGGGGCCAUCCCAGAGGUGGGUGCUGUUUAUACACUGGAAAUGUGCAGAUUUCUCUUUGUUUCUUUUCUUUGGUUCCUUUUUCCCUCUGCUUUUCAUUGCUGGCCUUUGGUGAGGGCUGUGCUGAGCCAGAUGAGCUCAACCCAAACCCUCUGAGCUCCUUCAAGUCCACAAAAAUUUAAUUCCCACCUGCUGGCCCAGAAGGAUGGAUUUGAGAGGGAUGAUGAGAUCUGCCAGGGCUGGGACUCCCUCCUGUGCUGCUCCCUCCACACAGGAGUGAAUUUUCCCUCGCAGAUCCUGUUGGGAAUGGGGUCCUUUUGUCUUGGUUUGGAAUGUCUCAGGUGCUUUGGGGGAGUUUUUGGGAUAUUAUCUGUGUCCUGCUCAUUUUCUGCUGUUUCCAUGUGGUUUGGUGUGCCCUUGGCCUCUCUGGCUGAGCCUGAGCCCUGCUUGCAAACAGCUUUGGGGGCCUUGACAGUUGAUAUUUGGGAACUCAGAAAUAAAGGGAAAAAACCCAAUAAUGAUAAAAACCCCACCCCACUAAUGAUUAAAUCCACACCAAUAAUGACAAAAACCAUAAGCACUUUCCUGCUCUCCAUCUCCAUGUGUGGGAUCACCAUAAUCCUUGGACAUGGGGGUGUGUCCAAGUGGAGAUCCAUGUUAUUCCCACCCUCCCACCAUCCUCAUCCAGAAAACACA